AUGGCGAUUCACUUCGAAUCCACCGCGGCCUCGCUCACCCAAGCCGAGAUUGAGCAAUUCUCGCGGCAGAUGCUUUGCCAAGGCAUCGGGGCGGAGGGGAUGGCGCGCAUUCGCCGCACGCGCGUCGUCUGCGUCGGCCUCGGCGGCCUCGGCAGCACCGUCGCGCUUUACCUCAUCGCAGGGGGCAUUGGGGGGCUCACCCUGGUCGACUGGGAUCGCGUGGAGCGGUCGAAUCUGCACCGUCAGGUCCUCCACACCGCGGAUCAGCUCGGCCUGCCAAAGGUGCGGAGCGCCCUAAAGGCCUGUCUCGCGCUCAACCCCGAGGCCGUGGUGGAAGGGGUGGAACUGCGGCUCUCGCCCGACAACGCCGAGGGGGUUCUUCGAGAGGCGGACGUGGUGGUGGACGCCUCGGACAACACUGCGGCGCGGUAUUUGAUUAACGACGCCGCGAUGCGGCUGGGGAAGCCGGUGGUGAGUGGAAGCGCCGUGCGGUGGGAUGGGCAGCUCGCCGUCUACGGGUACGAAAACGGGCCUUGCUAUCGCUGCCUCUUCGCGCAGCCGCCGCCGGCGGAAGGGGUGGCGAGCUGCGGGGAUGUCGGGGUGAUGGGGCCAGUCCCCGGGAUGAUCGGCUGCCUGCAGGCGCUUGAGGUCUUCAAGCUGGCGGCGAAGGUCGGGAGCCCGCUCAGCGGCCGCAUGCUAAUCUUCGACGGCCUGCGAAUGUCGAUGAAAGUGGUGGAGCUUCGUUCGAAGCGGGUGGAGUGUUCCGCGUGUGGCGAGGCAGCGCUCGCCAACCGCGAGAUUCCACUCAGGGCGAUGGUACCGCGGGAGCGCCCUGAGUACGACGUGCCGUUAUGCUCGACCGGUAGGGAGGCUGUCUUGCCGGGAGGGGUUUGCGUCCCCCCGCCGACCUUUUUCGAGCGAUGGGGGGCGCAGCAUCUUCCACACCUGCUCGAAUCGCUGGCGGGUGUGGAGUCGGGUGAUCGGCACGGUGCGUGCAGUGCGGUUUCGCCAGGGAGUUCCUCUCCCUCCGCAGAGUGCGAUGGGGCUGGUUGGUGCUCUACCUCAUCCUGGACGUUGUGCAUAGACGUGCGGCCAUGCCACCAGUACGACAUGGUUCACCUGCCACGCAGUUUUUCGCUCCCGCUAAGCGUCCUUCAGCAAUGGGAUGCUGAGGGCUAA